UGCUGCUUCUGCAGCUGGUGGUGGUGGUGGUGUUGUCGAGCUGUCAAAGAAGAAGCCCUACUGUAACCCACAUAGUUUGUUUUUUUUAAUCAAUUUGUUGGUUUAAACGACAGAACGCGUUGAUAUAAUUUGUGUCCCAAGGACUCUCUCUGGCAUGAUGGAACCAAUAUGGGAUGGGUUGCACAACUCGUGAAUUGUGCACCACAGCAGGAAUCUUUCAGCCUUUCAUCUCUUCUCAAACAACACAGUCCACCACUGUCAUGGCCUCAAGUUAUCCGUCCCCCUUUGAGGGCACUGGGGAAGUGAAGGAGGGCUUCCUUUGCCCACUGUGUCUAAAGGAUCUUCAGUCAUUCUACCAACUCCAAGACCACUAUGAAGAGGAGCACUCUGGGGAUGACCGCCAUGUGAGGGGGCAGCUCAAAAGUUUGGUUCAGAAGGCAAUGAAAGCCAAGGACAAACUGUUGAAGAAGGAUGGAGACGACAAAACCGAUACAGGCAAAUAUGAGUCCUUCUACUAUGGUGGAGUGGACCCCUACAUGUGGGAGCCUCAAGAAUUAGGGGCAACCAGAAGUCAUUUGGAUGACUUUAAGAAGCACCGGGCAGCCAGGAUAGAUCACUAUGUUAUUGAAGUCAACAAGCUCAUCAUCAGACUGGAAAAGUUGACAUCGUUUGACAGGAUCAACUCGGACGCAGCCAGAAUCAGAGCCAUUGAGAAGUCGGUGGUGUCGUGGGUGAAUGAUUCAGAUGUCCCAUUCUGUCCUGACUGCGGAAACAAAUUCAACAUCCGGAACAGGCGACACCACUGUCGUCUCUGUGGGUCCAUCAUGUGUAGGAGGUGCAUGGAGUUUGUCCCCUUACCUUUGGCUCAAAAGCUGAUCAGUGGAACAAGAGACGCCUUGUGCGUAACCGGAAGCCCAGGUCAUUCCCAGUCUCCCCCAGCAGUGGGUGGCGGCGGCGGCGGUGGGAUGGGCUCCAGGAGAGGCAGCAUCAGCAGUCUGAGCAGUGUCACCUCCAUGCUGGAGGAAAAGGAUGACGAGAAAAUUCGCUGCUGUCAUCACUGUAUGGACACACUGCUGAAGAGACAGCAGAAGUUGGAAGAGAAGGACCACGUACCGGAUGUAGUAAAACUUUAUGAGAGGCUGAGGAUGUGCAUGGAGAAAGUGGAUGAAAAGGCUCCAGAAUACAUCAGAAUGGCCGAGUCUCUCAAUGCUGGUGAAACCACGUACAAUCUUGACACGGCCGGUGGAAUGAGACUGGAAGUACAGAAAUACUACGAACUAAUUGACGCCCUGAGUAAGAAGAUUUUAACGCUAAAUGCAAAAAGUGAUCCGCCACCGCAUCCGAAGGCUCUCCAGCUGCAGAAGAUGGUCCGCUAUACAGCCACACUAUUCGUCCAGGAGAAGCUGUUAGGUCUUAUGUCUUUACCCACAAAGGACAAAUAUGAAGAGCUGAAAGAAAUGAGGAAACAAGAACAAGAGAAGAGACUCCAACAGGAAAGACUGGCAUCCAAGGAGGCCCAGAAAAAGAGGCAAGAGUCUGAGCGACACCGUCCGUCUCCCAACACAAAUGGAGAACUUCCGCAGGCCUCUAGAGCUCCACGCAUGACAAAAGCUGGUGGUUGGCUGCCCUCUGCGGACUCUGCCCAUGCACGCACAGAGCUGGAGGACCCCCUCCUGCAGCAGAUCGAGAACAUUCAGUCAUUCCUCCGUCAGGCACAAGAAGCCCAGAGAGCAGACGAGGUAGCCAUGUUGGAGGAGAACUUGCGCCAGCUGCAGGAUGAGUAUGACCAGCAGCAGACCAGCCUGGCCAUCACACUUUCUCAGAAACUUGCUGAAGAGGAGAGCUUGCAGCAGGGGGAGUUCCAUCGUCUGGAAGCCCGAGAAAAGGAGGAGAGGGAACACUGGGGCCCAGCUGUAGGCUCCACUCAGCCGUCUCCCUGGGAGAGGUCUCUGGAUAUCAGUCCAGCAGGCGGCUUCCAAGAAGAAGAAGACACUGCAGCAGAGGAGCUUACUCCUAAAGCUGAGAGGAGUCCAUCCUCUCUGAGAGCAUUCCCUGCACUCACAAGCCAGGAGGAGUCGCCUCCCAGGUUGAGGAGCUUGGGAGGGCAUGUAACCCCCCCUGGUGGUGAAGGACAGAACAGCACAUCCCUUAAUCCUUUCGAUGAGGAAGACUGUACUCCCAUUGAGGAGGAUCCGCCCAACCCCUUCUUUGAGGAUACCAAUAGGGAGCACAAAGAGGAAACCAAUGGGAAGAAAGAAUACAACCCAUUUGACGAAGAUGAAGAUGUAGAGGAGGAAAAACCAAGUAAUGCCAUACAUGGCAACCCCUUUGAAGAGGAGGAGGAUACGGAUACAGGCAACCCUUUCCUGGAGGCCUCUGCAGAUUCCCCAGAAGUCUCAACCAACCCAUUUGACAGGGAGGAUGACGAACAGGUUUUGCCCGAUGUGGACAUGAUAGAGGAGGAACUGCUGCUGCAGCAGAUUGACAACAUUAGAGCCUACAUUUUCGAUGCAAAGCUCAGUGGUCGUCUGGACGAGGUUGAGCUCUUGUCAGAGAACCUGAGAGAGCUACAGCACACCCUACAGGAACAGAAGAGAAAAAAGCACUGACUCCUUUCCUCCAGAGCCCCCCUUCCCCCCCAAUACCCAGCUACUUACUAAGUCCAGCAAGGCUAACUCACUUUUCAUGUCUAAUAAGCCCACUGAUUCUAGUGUGGACGAGGUCUGCUGCACCACGAGAGAUAAGUGAAUUCCCAAAAUUAAACAUAAUUUGGAGUUUGGUAGCCUGAAAUGACUCUUUAAAUACAUUUCCAUUAAAAAAAAAAAACAUCUUGCUAAACCUUUUAUUCUGUUCAGAACUGCAGAGGGCUGGUACCUAACCCAGCAUGCACAAUUCAAAAGCACUGCAAGUGAAAAUCUAUGAACCUGGCAGGUUGGUUGCCAAACAUAUUAACCCUUUUUGCAUAUGUACAACCAUGAACAAUGCCACUUAAAAUAUUUUCUUUAUGGGACAGUCAGGUGUUUGUUUGAGUUGAGUUUGGCUCUGGCCUAUUGGAAGUCAGAACUUGUGCUUUUGACCUCUGGCAGAAGCGUUGAAAGAAAAUAGAAAUGUAAAACAAAGUGAAGCAGUUGUUGCACAUUUCUAAAUCCAUGUUUUGAUGACAAAUUAUUCGAAGAUGAUUUUUAUUUACUUAUAUUUAAGUAAAGUACAUUAAAAGUGCCCAACACAUGUACAAUGCAUUUUAUAAAAUCAAUGCAGCACAGACAUGUCAGUGUUGUCAGUGACUCCACUGACAUCAGGUGAGGCCAUUCUGUAGGUUAAGCACAACUUUCUUAAGAGCCAAAACGUUGUACAGAUAUGUUGCAGAACUUCCAGAUCAGGCUCUUUGAUUUGUAAAAUCCAAGUGACUUCCUUUUAAUCCCAAUUUUACUGAAGUCAUAAUGAUGUACUUACAAGUUCAUUUAUGACACUAGAAGUUUUUGCUGAUUAUUGAGCCGAAGAACAACACCACAUGUUACUGAUCCAACUGGGCCUAAACAACACUCAGACACAACAGACAUCUGAUCAUUUAAUGAGAAACUAAAGAAAGUAAACUUGUGUUUGGAUGGUCUUGUGUUUAAAUAAAUUGAUUUAAAUGUAACCACAGGCUUAAAUGAUGAACUUAGUCACAUGACUCGUGCUACUUGUUGAGCAUGUGUGGACGUUAAGUGAUAUAGAAGGGAAAUUAAAGGCACAUCACACAGAAUCCAGCCAUUCUUGUUGCUCCUGUUAUGUGUCCUUCCCUAACACUGACAUGAAUCUUUAAAUAAGUAUAUCAGCGACCUUAUUUUCAUGACAGCAUUUGGAGUAAAUUUAAAGUGGUUCUUUUUUUUUUUUUGGGUAAAACAAACAAACUCAAAUGAACUUAACCUUUCUGUCCAUCUGCAUGGUUUGGUUCAGUCUUUAUCGAUUCAUCUGAAUAAUCUUGUUUGUGCAUCUUGUCUAUGUAAUGUUGGCAUGGUUGCACUUGUUUUUAUUUUAUACUACAGUAAGCCAAGUAAACAAAACAUUAUCCAUGCCCUACUGUGCAGCUUCCAAAUGUUUACAGUGGAACCACUGACCCAAUAGAGCACUUGUGUUGCAUGAUUCAUGUGUCCGUAGCUGAAGUGCUGUUUCAUGCUGGUCUUUAUAUUAAACAAACGGCCCAGUG